AUGCGUUCACUACAAGCAUUGAAAGAAGAAUUACGUGUACUUGAACAAUAUUUCCCGAAACGAACAAAUGCACCAUUUUCAAUUGUAAGCUCAAGUGUAGAUGACAUAACAAGUAUUUAUCGUGAUCCUAUUAAUCAACGAUCAAUUUCCAUCUGUUGUAAAAUUAUCGAAGUACCAAACAAAUGUUUAUGGUAUACAGAAAGUGAUAAUAAUGAUGAUGUACAAGAACAAUUAACAUCCAUAUUUGAUGAGUUAAAUUCAAAUACAUCGAAUGAAACUCGCAGUGUGACAUUACAACUUGAAUUUGUCAUUGAACGUUUAAAUACAUUUUUCAAUACAUCUAAUUUAUCGCUACCAAGUCACUUAAUAACUACUACAGAAAAUCGUGUAGAACCUGAAGAUUCAGGUGUUGAUCAAGAAGAAGAAGAUGAUGACGAUGACGAUGAAACUGAACAACAACAACAGCAUCAUCAUGAACAAGACCAAUGUUCUCUUGAUGAUGAUGAUAAUAAUAAAGCUCAGCAAACUGGGCAAUUAACUAAAGAUAUCGAUGGAAUAUCUUUAGAAAAUUGGCAACUACUUGAAACAUUGAAAUAUAAAAGAAUAAAUGAAUCAGCACAAAAGAAUCAUGAAAAAAUCUAUACAAAUAAAAACAAUAAUCAACCAGUAAGAAAAGAUGCAGCUUCAUCUUUAUCAUCAUCGUCAAUGUCAUCAUCAUCAUCUGUACAAGCAACUGAUCGUUUAAUGAAAGAAUUACGGGAUAUAUUUCGUUCGCAGUCAUAUAAAAAUGGAGAUUAUAUUAUUGAACUUGUAGAUGAAAGUCUCUAUGAAUGGAAUGUCAAACUAUAUCAUGUUGAUAAAGAUAGCAAACUAUAUGUGGAUCUUGAACAAAUGAAGCUAUCAGAAAAAAAUAUCGAUAAACUAGAUCAUAUAUUACUGAGUUUAACAUUCAAUGAUACCUAUCCGUUUGCACCACCAUUCGUACGUGUGAUUCGACCUAUAAUUACUGGUGGGCAUGUAUAUUCAGGAGCGAUUUGUAUGGAAUUAUUAACUCGACAAGGUUGGUCAUCUGCUUAUAGUGUUGAAUCGUUACUGUUUCAAAUAGUAGCAACUUUGUGUAAAGCAGGUGCACGUAUUGAUUUAAGUUCAUUGAACGAAUCAUUUUCACUUCAACGUGCACAACAAGCGUUCCGUCAUAUAUCGAGUGUACAUGAAAAAAGUGGAUGGUAUACAGCACCGAAAGCAGAUGGAUAA